AUGAAGCCCUCUUUGCAGUACCCUCAGCGUUUCGGCAGAAUUCUUCUGUGUCAGGCACGGCCACGCCGCGCCAUGGCCAUCCGGUCCUUUGCUUCGGUGAUGAGACCCAAGGCGGAAGAGGAGCAUGCUGCAACAUCACCAAUGAUUCGUGUGCCAGAAGAAAAGUCGACCAUUGCCGCCAAGACACCAACUGUCUCGAUUGACCUCCACCUGGCAAGCAAUGACAACACCACAGAAGCGGCUGUGUUUGAAUCUCCUUCCGAGAUUCAGUAUGCCGGAAAUGCCACCAUGCCGUUGACCAGUGUUCUUCACAUUGUCAAGCCAUCCGAAGAUGCUCCCCGUGGGGUCUGGCCUGUCUUUCGGCUGAUGGAUGAAAAUGGGAGAUUCCGAGAUCCUGCAUUUGACGCAGCGGUCAAGGAUAUGAAGGAGGUCACCACCGCUCCUCCGUCGACCGGAGAAGCGGCAAAAGACUUGACGGGACUACGAGCCAAACUACAGCAACAAUACCCAUUUCAUGCCAAAGAAUUUGAAGCAUGCACCUUGCUACAAGAGUCCAAGCAUCCCUAUCCCGACACAGACUCAAAGAAUACGCUGCUUCGAGCACACCAACAGAUUGUGCGACUUCGGGAAAUGGAUACCAUCUUUCAAAAUGCACAACGCCAGGGACGCAUAUCCUUUUACAUGACUUGUCGAGGAGAAGAGGCAAUCCAUUUCGGAUCUGCGUCCGCCCUUGACCCAGCAGAUACCAUUUUUGCUCAAUACCGAGAAGCAGGGCCGCUCAUGUGGAGAGGCUUCACGCUAGAACAGUUUGCCAAUCAAUGCUUUUCCAAUGAUGGGGAUCUUGGAAAAGGACGGCAAAUGCCAGUUCAUUACGGUUGCCGUGCCCUGAACUACCAAACCAUUUCAAGUCCGCUUGGAACUCAAAUCCCACAGGCCGUUGGAGCCGCCUAUCACUACAAGCUCCAGGGCAAACCCAAUGUCACUGUUUGCUAUUUUGGAGAUGGAGCUGCCUCCACGACAGACUUUCACAGUGCCUUCAACUUUGCAGCGACUUUGAAGACUCCCGUCUUGUUCUUCUGUCGUAACAAUGGCUUUGCAAUUUCCACUCCCGUCGCGGAACAGUAUGCAGGUGAUGGUAUCAUUGCGCGUGCUCCUGGAUAUGGCAUGGCCGCGAUUCGUGUCGAUGGAAAUGACAUUUUUGCGGUGCAUGCCGCCGUUCGGGAAGCUAGAGCCUAUGCCUUGGAACAUUCGGCACCGGUCCUCAUUGAAGCCAUGACGUACCGAUUGGGUCACCACUCUACUAGCGACGAUUCCUCAAGCUAUCGAGACAAGGACGAGGUUAGUUCCUGCGAACAUCGUUUCGAUCCUUUGGGUCGCUUUGAUAACUUUUUGAAGGAACAGGGCUGGAUGGACGACGCCGCAUUGUCUGCCCUUCGUGACGAUGAAAAGCGAGCUGUGCUCAAGGCAAUGAAUGAUGCCGAACAGCGCCCGCCCCCACCUUUCAAGGAACUCUUCUCGGACGUCUACAAAGAAAUACCGCCUCAUCUCAAGCGUCAGCAAGCCCAACUUGAAACUCACAUGAAAAAGUACAAGGGCAAGUACUAG